UAUUAUUAGUUAGUUACGGUAGGGUCACACUUUUGUUUUGUUUUGCUUUGCAACUCGACUUUUAAAAUUGCAAUUGCAGCAUGGCCGAAGAACCCGAGGAAUCUGCCAAGAGCUUCGUUAUCUUCGGACGCGAUGUUGCGCAGAUCCCGUGCUUUCGUAACAGUUUUCUCUACGGAAUCAGCGGAGGAAUCGGCAUCGGCCUGCUGACUUUUCUGGGCACCUCGCGAACCCACCUGUCCACCCACGUGGGCUUCGGCUCCUUCUUUUGCGGCACCAUCGCCUACUGGAUGACCUGCAGGUAUCAGUGGUCCGUCAGGAGAUUCGAGCAGCAGCAACUUCGUGAGGCGAUGAGACGACAAGCCAUUUAUGAGGGCACCCAAAGGGAGAGGGACUUAGACUUAAAGUCAGCGUAGCAUAAGUCAGAUCCUUCAUUACCACUUCGAUGUUUGUUUUCACUCUAGGAUACCAAGUAAUCCUGGUAUUGUUAAAUCCCUUGUGUUGUAAACUACCUUUUGUUACCAAACUUUAUAGUAGCCAAUAUAUUAUAUAUAUGUUCUAAGUGAAAUCUUA